AUGUCGGCUUUGCCUCCGAAAUCCCAAGAGUAUGUGCCCAUGGUAGAUGAUAUACAUUCUCGCGCCGCUCCCAAACCGCGAUCGAACAACGAGAAUGUCACAGAGAUUGUUCAAUUCCUCCAAGCCCACGUAUUCUCUCCAGAUCAGUCGCAGUCGAUUGGGCCCAAAAACAUGAUCAAAGCUGGACAGAGGCGCCUCAGGUUGGCCCUUCGCAACAGGAAGGGCACAGACUCAAACGCCAAAGCCGAGGACGCUUCUCGUCAAGUGGCAACACUACACAACAACAGCUCCUUUCCGAUAGCUCAAUACCGAAAAUGGGGACAUAAGCGCAAUUCUUCUUCAAUUGCGUCUAGUUCCAAGUCUGUUUCGGACCUCAGUUUCAAGUCAAAUUCUAGACGGGAUGUCGAGACCAUCGGCCAGCCAUGGCUGGAGAGCCCACUUGAAACCAGAGAUGAGCCGGGUUCGAAAGCAAGCAGUCAACUCUCGUCGCUCGACCUCCGUGAUCUCGCAUCAUUCGUUGAGGCUGCUGUGAACUUUUCUCCACUCGAAGAUUCCAUUCCUCCUCCUUAUCAGCCACCGACAGAGCAGCACAGAAAGACAGCAACCGUCGGGCCCCUCGCCGCUCAACAUGUACCACAGCCUGAUACGCCAGUUAAAUCAACAACCAAGAUUUCAAACUCGGACGCGGAGGACAUGAGCCGCAAGGCUGGCAAAGAACCACAAACAGGCCCAAGGUCCAACCAUCCUGCUCAGCCAAGGGCCUCGGGUAACAAGAGCAAUUUUGAUAUCCAACCAUUAGAAUUGAAGCCAAAACGCGCUACACCAGUCACUACUAAACCGCCUCCAUCCAACUCGGCAACCACCUCUAAGAGCUCGCCUACACUGAAACUAUUCCCAGAUGCGGUUGUCCCGCGCACUUCAAGUCGAACGACGUUACGUAUUCCAGCCGGACGGUCGCCAACCCCAAAUCGAUGCUUUUCGCCAACUCCUGGCUCUCAGAGCACCCCAGCGCUGGCUACUUUCUUCGGGUCAAGUAGCAUCGAGGCCAGAAGUUCCACCAACAGCCUACCUGGAAUUCAAGAGAAUAUUUCAGAAGCGCGACAAUCCACCAAGCUUUCCUCACGUGGGUCGGAUCGACCUUUAGCAGAUGGUAUGGAAAGUAUCAAGUCUAGGAACACCCAAUCCAAAUCAAGUCGCCGCCAUUCGUCAUUGCUCCCUAGUUUCAUUAAUGUCUUUCCCAUCCCAGCACCAUCCAGACCAUUGCCUUCAGUACCAGGGCCAAAUAUUCGAUCCCAUGAUGUCAGUGAUCAAAAGAUGUCUUUAGAUCAACAAUCCGCUCAGAUUGACACGAAGCAUCUCACUCCAAAUACCCCAAACAGCGUGUCGUCGCUGAAGAGUUCAGAACAUACCAACAGUCCUACCCGUGGCCGUGAUUCCCCAUUUCCAAGGCUGGUUACCGAAAUCGAGGAUCCAGCAACCACCAAUACAACGGCCGUCGGGCCACCAAUACCAGUGCAGCCGCGCCAUGGCUCUCUAGGGAAAGCCGGGCGUAGUCGUGAAGAGAAAGUUCGUUCAGUGAUAAUGAAAGACUUGCGUGUGAGUCGCCAGGAAAAAGGCUCAAGUAAGGGUAAAACUGUCGAGGAGCCUCCAUCUCAGGUCCAUGGCCGCGGCCAGAUAUCACUAUCACAGAGUGACUCCCAAAUGAGAGCUCAACGUCAAUAUCAAAGAAAGAUUUCAUCUGGGCCUUCCUCGCCGCCUCCUUUGUCUCCUCCACCAAACGACCCCCUGCGACAUGCCUUUCAAAACCGACAGUUUUGUACAUCCCCAGCAAGUACUAUGACCACCGCACUCGAGGCUCUUGAGGAUGUUUCGCGCCCGGCUUCCGGUAGGGAUCACGGCAUUUGCCAACAAAAAGAUAACUUGCGGAGCGUCGAAGCAAAGUGUGGGCGAGACUCCACAGGGCCGAAUGUUCCUGAUGCGCUCGAGAUACCUCUUCCAUCGUCAGACGAUGAAGGUCCAGGCGGGGACUUCUGUUGGAAUCCACCGCGUAAAACCUCUGGCCAACGCCGACGGGGGAAACAAACUCCAAUCAUUAUCGAUGAGCCUACCUCUAAGAGGGGCCGGUCGUUGAAGAAGCGUCAGGGUACCGGCAACGCCCAACGACAACAGGAUUACAGGAGAUGUGAUUCCGAAAAGGCCCUUGGGAAACAUCGCUCUCCAAAAGAUUGCCAACCUUACGAGUCCUGUCGCCACCAAGAAGGACCCAAAGUAAAUUCUUCACUUGAGGGACGCAUCGAGCACCUCGAACGCCAGAACAAGAUCCUUCAGGCGGCGCUCCUUGCGGCUUUGGAUGUGGGCGUCAAACAAGAUUUAUCCAGUCUGCUAGCAACCUCAACAGCAUCGACCACUGCACCUCCUCUUACGGGGAGAUCUUCAUUAUCGACAACAAACUCCUCUAUCUCUGAAGUUCCUUCGAUGGAGCACAUCAAACGCACUCGAGAUAAGAAAGUCCCUUACCGUCCAGAAAGCUGGAUUGCAAGUCCCGACUCGUUCACUACAUGCAGUUACGAUGAAGAAUGCGAUACGCAAACCAGGGAUUUGGAGGAGAUUAUAGACGAAUUCGAUCUCAACUGGUCCCCGCAAAUUCCACAACAUGUCUCUGCUCUUCUCUCCCACCUCACUUCCCGCCCGGGGGUUCAAUCGACCCUAAUCCUCUCCCGCAGAGAUGGCUCCAUUAUCCAAACAACGGGCCUCUUAGGCCCUCCUAAACCUAUAAGAAGCGAAGCCUCUUCCCCAACGACAGUUGGCGCCUCCACAGAAGAGGCAUCGACUACCACCGCUGCCGCCACCGCUCCAUCAUCUCCACAGGCAGAAACCCAACAACCCUCCAUCACUUCUCCCACAUCUACAUCAACACAAACGAAACCCUACCAACCCUCCGCCGCAGAAGCUCUGGCAGCACAUAUCUUCGCAUUCGUAUCUAGCGCUUCGAAUCUCAGUUUUUCGCUCUCUCACCCACAAGGCGAGACCGCGGCUUCGUCGAACGGUAUCCAUGAGUCAGUAUUAGGGAAUGGUUCUGGAUCUGCGGCCGGGCCUACGCGGGAAGAUGGCGAGGGCGAGGGCGAGGGGGCGCAGGACGAUGAUGAGGUGAAGCUCCUUCGGUUGCGCACGAAGAAGCAUGAGAUUGUGGUUGUACCUGACCGGAAGUACCUACUUUGUGUUGUCCAGGAUGCGACUCCGAAUGCGGCGGGUGGUGUCGCGGCGGGGACGGGGGUGGGUGGGCGUCCCUCGAGGUAA